CUUUGGUAUCUUAUUGUGGGAAAAGGGGAAAGGAACAGAUUUCAGAGAUGCUUUUAUAUGCCAUGUCUCUCCUAGGGCCAAGAAAGUAAGUUUGACCUCUUUGCCCUGCACGGAAAUUCCCAAGAGGCUAGGCAGUCAGGCUUUAGUGGAUUGGUGAUUGAACCCCUGGAGGACACAUCUUUGGAGCAUUUCCCCAGUCUUUCUCCACAGAUCUCAGACCUUCCUGUCUCUCUCAAUGGCCCCAGUGUUCCCAACCUUGCUGAAGGACCUGCAAAUUACAUGCCUGCUCUAAUCCCAGCUGGCCGUUUUUCAAGGAACUUUGCACUUUUCAUUUUGGUCAAAGUAAUAACCCUGAGGAAAUCGAAACUCAGAGGGUAUGGGCCUUUCCCAAAUCUCACAAAGCCGUACUUCUCUCCCCAACUGGCUGCCUGUGCCGCCAGGUUCGGUCUUUAGAAGUCUGACUCCAGCCAAAGGCCAUGCAUCUGCCGACCAGCCUCCUCCUAGAAACUUUUUGGCGGGAGAAAACUGCCUUACCUUAGCAAGGUCAUGUAGGAAAUCGUAAAUCAUGUGAAGAUGGGACUCUUGGUAUUUGUGCGCAAUCUGCUGCUAGCCCUCUGCCUCUUUCUGGUAUUGGGAUUUUUGUAUUAUUCUGCAUGGAAGCUGCACUUACUCCAGUGGGAGGACUCCAAUUCAGUGGUUCUUCCCUUUGACUCCGCUGGACAAGCACUAGGUUCAGAGUAUGACCGGUUGGGCUUCCUCCUGAAUCUGGACUCUAAAUUGCCUGCUGAGUUAGCCACCAAGUAUGCAAACUUUUCAGAAGGAACCUGCAAGCCUGGCUAUGCCUCAGCCUUGAUGAAGGCCAUCUUCCCCCGGUUCUCCAAGCCAGCACCUAUGUUCCUGGAUGACUCCUUUCGCAAGUGGGCUAGGAUCCGGGAGUUUGUGCCGCCUUUUGGAAUCAAAGGUCAAGACAAUCUGAUCAAAGCCAUCUUGUCAGUCACCAAAGAGUACCACCUGACCCCUGCCUUGGACAGCCUCCGCUGCCGCCGCUGCAUCAUUGUGGGCAAUGGAGGAGUCCUUGCCAACAAGUCUCUGGGGUCACGGAUUGACGACUACGACAUUGUGGUCAGACUGAACUCAGCACCAGUGAAAGGCUUUGAGAAAGACGUGGGCAGCAAAACCACCCUGCGCAUCACCUACCCCGAGGGUGCCAUGCAGCGGCCAGAGCAAUACGAGCGAGAUUCUCUCUUUGUACUUGCUGGCUUCAAGUGGCAGGACUUCAAGUGGUUAAAGUACAUCGUCUACAAGGAAAGAGUGAGCGCAUCUGAUGGCUUCUGGAAAUCUGUGGCCACUCGAGUGCCCAAAGAGCCCCCUGAGAUUCGCAUCCUCAACCCAUAUUUCAUCCAGGAGGCCGCCUUCACCCUCAUCGGCCUGCCCUUCAACAAUGGCCUCAUGGGCCGGGGGAACAUCCCGACCCUUGGCAGCGUUGCAGUGACCAUGGCGCUACAUGGCUGUGAUGAGGUGGCAGUCGCAGGCUUUGGCUACGACAUGAGCAGACCCAAUGCACCCCUGCACUACUAUGAGACCGUGCGCAUGGCAGCCAUCAAAGAGUCCUGGACACACAAUAUCCAGCGAGAGAAAGAGUUUCUGCGGAAGCUGGUGAAAGCACGUGUCAUCACUGACCUAAGCAGUGGCAUCUGAGUGGGCUCAACAUAUGGCCAUAGAGGCCCAGGCACCACCAGGAGCAAGCAACAGCCACCACCACCUACAUAGAGCCUUCAGACCCAGAGAAAGACGGUGCCAAGAGGCCCCAGGGGCAGUGAGGCCUUGGCAGAGCAGCCAGAACUGUGCCUGCUCAGAGGCCAGCCCCAGUGACCAGCACUCAGCCUCAUUCUCAGCCUGGGUCCUCAAAGCCAGAGGGCCAGCAGGCCACUGGCUAUGCCCAGCAGGCACAGCAUGCAGGAGGUGGAACACUAGGCAGCAAGGCUGCUGCCAGAAUCAUUUUCCAAUCAGUGUUUGGUGUAUUAUCAUUUCAUGAAUUUGGGUAGUGGGGAGGGGAGGGAUAAUUUAUUUUUAAAUAAGGUUGGAGAUGUCAAAUUUGGUCCACUUGCUGUGCAGAAAAGGGCCCACUAGAGGGCCUGUCAGGCAGUUAGCUCCCUGCAGUAAGAGUGCCAUGACCAGCCUGUACCCUGAUCCAGGGCUGCAGUGGGCUGGGCAGGAUGUCAUGCCAGCCCAUCUAGCCCAUGACCUUUCUUGAGGAGAAGAUGGGAUAUUCCCACUCACCAGUCCCUAGAUGUCUUACAGGGAAUCUCUGGCGCCGUCCCUUCAAAGCCAAGAAGAUAGCCCCAGGGUGAGACCAGAGAGAACUUUAAAGUGCAAGAGGUGAGGGCUGGCUCAGCCUGAUGGGGACAGCGCCCCUUCCCCCAGCUGCAGCUGAUCCAUAAGAUAAUGCCCAGGCCUGGACUGACCACCUUGUCAGAUAUUCUGGGUUUCAGCAGAAGAAGGUCUUUGGGUUCUGCCUUUAACCUGGACCAGAGGGAAAUGAGGCCCAAGGACCUUACCCAGGCUGUAGUAGCCACCCAGGCAGCCCUCAUGGAAGCAAUAAAGCUCUUCUCUGA